AUGACGAGAAGGCGAACUGGGCGGAAAAAGCAGAAAGUUGAGAAACGAGGAGCGGACACAAUGAUGGGCGAGGAACGUGGCUGUUGGGACCUCUCGGCGCGGUCGGCGGAGCAGAAGCUGGGGCAGGCGAUGCUGCAUGACGUGGCCCCGCCUCGCUCCGCCGCGUGCGAGCUUCUGCUGCAGGCGUGCGAGGAGGGACCUGGAAGGUCGGGAGUCCCAACCAGGAACCGGUUGUCUCGGGCGGGAGUUCGCGGCCUGUACGAGCAGAUGGUCGUGCAGAAGCAGCGGGCGGCGUCGCUGAAAGACCGGGUGGUUCUGGUCGGAAGGAGCGGAACCGGAAAAACUAGACUGAUCAAUGACAUCUGCGAAGCGUCCGAGCCGGACGCGUCCGAGUACUGCGCGCGCGUCCAAGAGAAGAUCGCGCAGAUUGGCGAGUGGGACGAGCUCACGCUCGUCGACGCAGAGCCCCACGAGAUCCCGCGCGCGGACACCGUCGCGGCCGCGCGCGCGGGGGACAGGGUCGAGGUUUACUUCCCGGAGAGCGACGAGUGGUGCGAGGGAGAGGUAGUCCGCGUCGAGCGGGCGAAGCACGUGGUUAAGUUCCCCGGGGAAGCAGAACCGGCCACUUUGUCGCUUCGGGACCACGACGUUCCGGAAGCAAGCGGCGCCGGCGUCUGGGCACGCAAGAUCUGGAACCUGCGCUUCGAGAGUAGGCGCCCGGAACCAGAACCGGAAGUUCAAGGCAGCUUCUACUUGCUGCCGGAAGGAGACGUCUCAGACACGACCCAAGUCAAGUGCGAGAUCACGGCGGGGCCGCGCGCGCGCGCGCGCAUCUACUACGAGCCCAUAGCCGCUGUAGCUGAGCCCAUUCUCAGACUCAAAGAUUUAUGGAGAACGACAAAGUCGAAUGACUCUCCACCCAGAGGAGCGCGCGCGCGCCCUUCGAAGAGGUCUCUCGUCGACAUGUUGGAUCUGGGCGCCAGCGACGGGGAUGAGAAUACGGCAGAGGACGGUGUGAAUACGGACGAAUGCGGUGCGAAAACGGCUGUCGAGGGCGGUGUGAAUGCGGGCGAAGACGCGGAGAUUGUACGGGAGCGGUGGCUGCAAACCGCACUGGCGCUUCUGGGGAAGCCUGUUAACACCCCCGUGUCAGACCUGGUCGAGGCGGACUUCGAGCUGCCCGCGCGGUGCCGCGCGCGGCUCAGCGCGGCCCCGCGCGCGGCUCAGCGCGGCCGGCAAGCAAUCAGAAUAGGAAAUCCGGUUCCGCAGGUCGAGAUCUUCGCGCCCUGCCGGAGCACGUCCCCGGGCGGAACGGACGGCGACACGCUGUAUACGGAGCACAUAUUCCGAAUCCGCCACUUCGUCGCCUCGCGCACCUGGGGGUGCUACCUGCCCGGAGGAAGGGCGCGCAAUGAGCCCCACUGGCGGCUGGUGCACAAGGUGGUGAUCCAGCUCGCGGUCACGGCGGCGCUGCUGCAUGACUUUGUCGACCUGCCCGGGGUGUCCAACGACGCGGGACCGUUUGGGGCAGACGCUUUAGAGGCCGCCAUCCGCCGCCUUGCCAAGACUCUCCUCAUCUGCACCGGAGAGGAGGGCGACCAGGAAACCGCUAUCCAGCAGAAGCCGGUCGCCGCGAUCUGCGCGGGCGACCUGUGGUGGAAAGAGGAAAAUGCGCGGGUCCACAGCACGGCCUUGGUGACUGGGCAUGCGCACAACACUCAAGCGGAACGGAAUAUCCUUCAAGACGCAGAAAGGGACUGGGUUUCUGCUCGGCGGCUCGCCGUUGCGGCCGCGCUUGAGAACCUGCUGAUCGCCCGGGAGAACCUGCCCCGGGGCCUGGCUGAGGAGAAAGCCCGGGAGAUUGCCGCCCGGGUUACGUUCCUGGUUAUCUACCCCGGUUUACUGUACCACCCCAAGUGCAUCCGAAUGUUCGGCCAGCAAAUUCAAUACCUGCCCAUCUCGGAGGACGACUCCCGCAUGCCCCAGCUCCAGGACUUCCUGCGCGAAGGCGGCCGCGGUGACCGGAGCCGCGAGGUGCGCGCGCUGGUCGCGCGCGCUCAAGAGCUGCUGGGCCGGUUUGAGGAGAUGGGCGCGGGGAUCUUCGCGCUCGCGCGCGCCGUCGUCCAGCCCAACAAGCUGCGCACGUUCAAGGACGCGCUCGCGCGCGCGAGCGCAACCAAAAAGCUCAAGCUGCCCAGGAUGCCGGGGGCCGUGCUCGCGGGUGCGAAGGAGCGGCUGAGAGAAAGUUUGGACGAAUCCGUUGAAGGUUGUACGGACCUCAGAUGCGGACAGGAGAUCGCUCGGUUGGUGCCGCACAACUCCGACCAACCCGGCCGCGUACCCCCGUCUCGUUUCGAGGGGGACCUCCAGCAGGCGCUCGACAGCGGUCCCGUACCCCCCCUCCUGAACCACAUGGAGUUCGAAGACGUCCACCUUCAAGACGUCAUGAUUGCGCCAUUCCAGCUCCACCAGACGGAGAACCUCUACAGGGUUUUGGGCAUCGCGGCCGCGGGCGGCGCGGCCGCGGACGGGUUGAUCCGCUGCAACGUGGACGCCAUCGUGGCCCGCCACGUGGGCGGCUUGCGCGCGACGCGCGUGUUCGAGGUGAUUCGUCGCGCGGCGGAGCAGGAAACGGCCGCCGAGACCGCGCGCCUGUGCAUCAGGCUGCAGCGCGGCAAGCAGAAGAGGUGGGGACAAACGGCGAGCGGGCAAAAGUCGAAGAUGGCAGUGAUCGAGUCUGCGGGUCGGCCGCUGGCAGCGAUCGGCACCGAAAUGAUUGUGGAGGGAAUCGCGUCCCGGCUAAGGCAAGCGCUGUCUCAUGUUACGGCCGACCUCCGGUCCCUCCUCCCCCGCCUAAACCUGCGCGAGCUGCACACCCUCAUGAAGCGCGCGCACCUCGCCGCGCUCGCAUCCCUGCUCGCGCGCGCCCAAAGUCUGCAGACAAGGCUUGGAGAAGUGCUUCUCAUCGAAGAAGGUCUUGAUGACGUGGGCACAGAGCACGAUGACGUGGCAGAGUGGAGAGACUGGGGCGCCGGCGAGACGCGCGACCUCCUCGCGGCGCUCGAGCGCGCGGGGUUUGGGGGUUCAGACGAGAACCGAGCGAAGGUUCUGUGGGGGGUUCUGAGCUCGGAGGCGCGCGGCGCGGCUGCGGAGUGUUCCGCGAACGAAGCAAUGGAGUACGUUCGACAGCUGGAGCGUUACUUCGGAAGCGCGGAUGAGGGGGGACUGAAGUUCGCCCAGGGAUGUUUUGCGGAAGCGGCGCGGGGAGAGCUGUCUGGGUCGGGGGAUAGCCCCGGUCGCGAAAGAGUGCAGAUGGGCCUCCCGGAGGAGUACGCGCGAGCGGACUCUGAUCUGUUACGCUUGCUCAAGGCCAUCAACCAGCUUCAUCACCGGUUGAGUUCUUCCCCAAAUCUUCGGGCCCACAAGGCCUCCGACCGGGAAGAGAUCGCCAAGAUCCUCAACCGUUCAGUGAUGAAGGCCGAGCAAACUCCCGCACAGAGGGAUGGCCCCGACUCUUCGAUUCGGCAACCUAACGCCAGAGCUUCAGGUGGACAACCGGGAAAGAAAGGAAACACGGCAGCGGAGUCAAAAAGAGGGGGAGGAUUUAGGGUCCUCGGCGCAGCCGCCGCCGCGAACGCCGGCAAGGGAAAGGGGCUGGUGGGCGACGCCGCCAGGGAGACUCUGGCGAAACGGUCGCCUUCAGGCUUCGGUUCCGCGGCCGCGCCCGCGAAGCACGCGCGUUUGGAGGGGAUAAGGUUGGGGGCAAACUUAAAUGAGACAGCUGCCGGGGAGUCACCGAGAAGCGAGGGUGCUAUGGCCGCACUCAAGCGUGCGCGUGCCGCCGGACUAGGCGAGGACGAGGGGGGACGGAACGGAACGGAAUCGAAAGGGACGGAAACGAAGCGGUCCAGAGCGGUCAGCGUAGAGGGGCCCCAGCUUGUUGAGAUCAAGGACCGGUUUGCGAAACGGAAUACAGGCAGCGAAGAAGAAGAACGGGGGGCAUCCCCCGGUCAGAACGUGGCGGUAGAAGGCCCCGAGGAAAAUGAUUGUAAGGUAAAGACUGGUGUGGAGUCGGCUGGAAAAGGGACCCCGGAAUCCAAUGAGCGCGCUCGCGCGCGCUGGUUCGCGAAGCAGUUUUGGGACGAGAAGAAGCUGCACUUCGUGAUCAGAACCGGGGUGGUGUUAGAGGGGCCGUUUUUAGGAAAAAGAGCGACUCGGCAGUCGGUCUACAGGGUGAGGUACGACGACGGUCGGGAGGAGACAACCGGGCUCCAAAAGGCGCAGCUUUUUGAUGAGAACCCGUUCGAACAGGAAGCGGAAGGCCCACGGAAAGCGCAUCGCAAGGGCGGAAACGGAAAGAAGGCGACAGCCGCCGCCCCGGCUGACGGUGACGGCGACGCUGUUAUGGAGCAAGGGCACAGCGCGGGCGUCGAAGCGUUCGAAAAAGCGUCGGAAAAGGACGGAAAAGCAAGCGGCAACGGAAACGAAACCGGAGAGCGGAAGGGGAACGGAAACGGAAACGGAUCCCUAGCGAGACCCUGGCGCGCCAUCGAGGUGGGCUGGUUCUUGGAGCGCCUGGGCGCGCAGUACGGCGCGUCGGCGCAGGGUUUCCAGAAGGCGUGGCGCGACUAUGAAGUGUCCGCUCUGCCGGACGGCGUCCGAAUCGAGUACCGGCCCCGGGCGUCCGGCGACCGUACGGACAGGUACUACAUCUAUGAGUGGCGUGGGGAUCCCUCUGAGCCCGCGCAGACGUUCCGAACAACAGCCUCGUCAAGCUUCAGCAGUUCUUCGACGAGAAGGCGGGCGGCGCGCCGGUCCGCGCGCUGUGCGCGAGUCGUGGGAGGCAAGGCACGACAGG